GAAGGGUUUGAAGGAAAUUAAAAAUUCCAACGCCGAAUCAGCUACACAUAUCUACUAUAUAUUUAGUUAUUUAUAGUCUAGUCAGUACGUAAGAGUCGCAACUUGGGGUUCAACUUUAAUUGACUUCCGUUGUCCGUGCUAUGAAUUACAUUACGACCUUCUUCCUAGUUGGAAACAAUUGUAGUCUCCCGUCCCGUGCAACUAUUAUUUAACUACAAAACUUGCGAGUUUGGCUAUUUAAAUAGCUUAUCCUUAAUUUAGCAUAAUUAGUUAUAUAACCAACGCACCACGCUCAGAAGCAGCCAUACUUAAAUACUUACACACGUAGGUAUCAUUAUUAAGCGAACUUCUUUUCGUGUGUAAUGGAACUGAUAUUUCAGUCGUAAUACGACAAAAAAUUAUCUGUGCAAAAAGUUUACGUCAAACCCAUUCCAUUCUUAUCUCGUUAUUUGCAUCUCACCAAAUCCAUCAACAGAGGUACCAAGACCUACCAAACAUCAGAAGUGAAGGAUAAUUACGUUUUAUUUAUAUUCGUACUUCUCCAUUGUUUACUCACGCUGUUGAGCUGAGCAAAUUUUGUAUGACACGACUGUCUCAUUAAUGAGACAGUUUUAUUUGUCAGUGCCAAUAAUUAUUGUGGGUGACAAAUAAAAUUGUGGUUUAACAUUUAGCACAAAGAGAAUAUUAGGGUGUAGUGCAAUGGUUGAAUUGAACAUAAAUGAAAUAUUUCUAUCGUAUUUAGGUGUUGGUUCUGUAGUGAAAAACAUUUGGCUGAUUAGUUUCGAAAAUAAUCAAGUAACAAACUGCAUGGUCAAACUAUGCAUAUUUAACUUGGAAUAAUCUCAAGGCUGAAUUUAAGAAGAAAUCAGAUCUAUGAAGGUCUGAAGUAACCAGGAACCGAAAUCGGGAUAGUUUACACGCGGAUUAAUUGGCUUGUCAGUCGAAAAAUACGCCAUAUUACGCAGAGACGACGUUGACACUGAUUUUGAUAAAAAUCCUUUGUUUCCCCACCGUGUCCAAAAUUCCAUCUCACUGCCGACUCCACUGACCACAGGGAGAAAAGUAAAGUUUUUCCUUGCAAACUUUUUACCCAUUGCUGACAAAAGAGGGACAAAAAAUGGCAUCGAUGGAAUCUGGGUCUCCCGUCUCAACCAGGGCAAAAUCAGCUUUGACGCCGCAGGAUCAUAUAACCCGAAGAGCUGCGAGAAACUCUCGAGUUCACUUCGACGAGGACGGGUACAUUCCACAGCUACAAGAAGCUAAUCCAAUUCAAGUACAGGUGACUGGAGAAGAACUCAGCAAAACGAUUGGAGUAUAUUUGGGUUUUCUGCAAGAGGAACACAAGUACGACGUGAAGUUUGCGAUUUUAAACCCCUUGGUUGAAGGCUACCUGGUAAUGGUUACGACAUCUCAACCACCUAAAAAUUCUUCGUCUCAGCGACAAAUGAAAAUCGAAGAAGAAACCACCACACAGGUUGACAUAGGCGCAAAUGGCGAGUCUCGUGGGGAUUCAAAGCAACCUAACAUAUCAUCAUUCACGACAACAUCUUCUAUUCAAAAGAUCAAGCUUCCCGAUAAUUUGGAGCUGUUCAGAAACGGAGAGCUGUGUCAAGUUGUAGAAAUGGAAUGGAGUGCAGCUGGGCUCCAAGUGCAUAUGAAUGUCAUUGUCCCUUCGACUAAAGACCGUCAUGUUUUGGAAGAUACGUUCUGCAUUCGAAGUACUUCAGUGGCCGACCGAUUUGUCCGAGUUAAUGUCGCGGCCAAAAUUAUGGGGAAGACGAUGGGAACACCCACCUUGAAAGACUCCAUAAGAUGUUUAGGUGUUUGUUCCGAAAACCGCGACUCUUCCGAUUCAGAUUGUUCUGGUUCUGACAACGAGAACCAAGUGAAGGAUUCUGCUGCCCUAAAUGCCCAGUCCUAGUUUAUGGAAUCCGUGUGUAAUCCACCCAACCGAGACAAAGUUGUCUCUUCUUACACCUUUUAAGAAAUGCAUGUUUUCUGAGGAAGCGUAGGUAUUACCGAUAGACUAACAAUGUUUGUUCUUUUGAUGGACUCACCCACGCGCCAUCAGCUUUAUCUUACAAAGCAAUUUGUGAUCGUGUUAACCGAAUGGGAUCAAGAAUUGAGCGAAAGACAGGAAGCGUGCUAUAAAUGUUUCGUAAUGUAAUUUUCCUUUACAGUUCAACUUAUUUAAGAAUGCCUUAAACUAUGUUUGCUUUACUUGAAUAUCUACAAAUUACAAUGUCUAUGUAGAAAUACCUCACAUAUCUGCUUAAAUAAGUAUUUAUUGCUAGAAAUUUAAAUAUAUGCAACUUAUACAUAAAUAUUUAUGCAACUAUUUAACAAGACAUGUAUCACAGUACCCUUGAAUUAUUGUAUUGUUAUGUUGAUAGAGUUUUUGAUGUUCAUGUGCAUAUAUUUUCAAAUAACAUAAUUUACAAACGUGUUGGAAAUUGAAAAUUGACUUUUCUUAAUUUCUCGUGGGUAUUUAUAAAAACAUUAAGAAAUAUCUUCAUCAACUUUUAACAACAGCAGCAUGACAUAAUAAAUAAUUUGUAUUAGCUCGUUGUUAAAAUGCAAUGGCUCUCCUUUCGACUUAUUUAAGGCUUAGCUACAUGUUCUCCAGUUUUGCAGCAAUGUCGAAACAAUAUUAUGCAAUCUUGCGAAUUGGAUUGAGAAAGUUUUGGCUAUUUUCAACCCUUUACCAACAUCGCCGACUUGCGGAGAUGUGUUUCAGGAUUUUGUAAUUAAACUGUUAUUAUAUCAUUUGCGUUACAAAAUAUUGAUUUAUAUUUCACCGUUGGUGCUUUGAUUUACACAUACGUAACGUUUCCUGCAAGUCUGGCAUUGAGUCAUGAUUAUGGGAUGACUUUGGUGUCAUUAAUACACAAACCACAUAGUCUGAAUUUAGGUCGGAAAGUUUGACGGCAGGGAAAAUGUUACAAAAGUCUGUAUGCAUGCAGAUAUUCAUAACUGCGUAGCGGUUCUUUUUGCUGGCAGAGUAAUUAAUUAGGACACAUCUGACGUAAAAUUCAUUCUGCUCCCAAAAAAUAUUUUGGGACUGACCCUAAAAUUCAUCCAGGUUUGUGGGCACCGGUUUGUGGUUGUGAUGAUUGAUUCAUGUCAACUCAAUGCGGUGGUGACUGCGUUUCUUCUUUUUGUAUAAAUAUAUAAAAUAUGCAUGCGAUAUGUGAUUGUUGAUUGAAACUCGUACAUAAUUAUCCAUUGUAUACAUACUCUGCUUUACUUUAAAACUCAAUAAUUCCGACUCACUGAAUCUUUUGUUUUCAAUUUUAGUCAGAUUACAUAAUUAGGUCCGAAAUGAAAUUAUAUAGAAUUUUAAUUCUAAGUGCAUUCAGAAUGGUUUUGACCUUGGAUAAUGCAGCAUCAAAACCUCAAUCAACGAAUAAAUUGGUUCCUGAAGGAAUUCAAACUCAAAGUACGGGAUCAUUAUGGAGGAAGAAACCUCAUAUUGAAGCAAGGUUCUUUAAUGGCGAUGCAAAUUCGUCCGUCGACCUUCAAAUUGUGAACUCUGCAUUGAAUUUGAACAGAAAUAUCAAGACUGUUGAGCUAAUUUGCAAAGCAUCGCACCCAAUUAAAUGGGAAUUUCUGGUUAAUGAAGUUUCUAUUCCCAUCCUUGAAGUGCAGUACAGAAGGGUUGUUCAACGCCUCAACAGGUCUGACGACCACUUGGAUGACGAAAUUUACCAUCUUCACGAUCCAAAUAACAGUUUUGAGGGACGAGUGGUCUUGAGGGGGCUGUUGGAAUCUCAAAGUGGCAAAUACUCUUGCCGCUUUUAUAAUGCAAGAUUUUCAAACAACUCGUACUCUCAGUCAACCAAUGUCAGCGUAUUUAUUCCAGGGGAACGCAUUUUCACCACCGUGUCUCACAUUCAGUACAUCAAUAGCAUUGACAACUCGGUUGUCAUUUCAUGUCCGGCUUCCGACUCUCGGAAAUAUGUUACUCUGCACAAGUUAAACGAAGAGGUGUUCAACAAAACAAAGAAAAUAGAAUGGGAACAAGUUCCAGCCAGAUUCAGUCCUUCGACUGGGUUUGAACUGAUAAAAGUUUCGAAAUUCCAACAACUAUUUGGAACUUAUAAAUGUGUAGCUUUUGGGAGUGAAACUUCCAUCACGGUUCAUAUAGCGGAUUCAGCCUGGAAACAAGAGUUAUAUGAUCCACUCCUCAAAAAUCAAGAGUCUUGCUGGGAAGCUCCUGCUUGCAUGAAACUGAUGCGCUCCAAGAGAAUGGAAUGCUUCUGUAGAAACUCGUUCGCCCUGUUUCUGGACUCCAAUGGAACGGAAACUAAUCGGAGAGGGAACUGUUCUGAUAUCGAGGCUGAGAUGGAGAAUUUAUCAACCUUGACGAAGAAGGACUGGCGAGUUGAAGAAUUUCUAAGGAAUGGAGAGAUAGACUCGAACGUCUGUUUCAGAGAUGAAGUACGAGGCCUCCUGAUCGGAACAGGUGCUAGAGUAAUUCUAAGAACAAUUAAAAUGGUUGAAGUAGGAUCAGAGGGAAACAACUCCUUCCCGUUGUCGUCCUCCUCCUCUCUGCAGUCGACUCGACGAGUAAACUUGACAAUUACACUUGACGGGCUUCCUGAAUGGGCUUCAGGUUUUCAAAUUGGAAUUGAGCACAACAACACUUCUUUUCCAGACUUUAGUCAUCAUCACGGUGAUGGUGGAACAACUAAUCAACGAAAGCGAAUUUCAUUUCUUGAUCAAGAACCCACCACAACGCAACUUUUCCCAUUAGCUCAUAUUCGAGCAGUGUGGAGAAAUGUAAUUAUUGACACGAAGGAAGUUAGCCGAAUUCAUGUCUAUCAGCCAGAUAGCUUUUCAUUUGAAUGGUUUCAAGUCUCGUCAGAAAUUUCAGCAAAUGCUGCCACCACCACCACCGCAAAUAAUGGAACAUUGAGCAUUGUCGGUGACGAACAAGAUGUGGGAGAAAGUUGUAGGACGACAAUUCUGAUUGUUACAUUUUUAGUACUGGCUGCGUUUGCUGUUGUGAUUGUUCUACUCUACGCCUUGAUUUACCUCCACAGACAGAGGUCACCCAAGUUGAUAAAAUACUACAAGUGUGGAAUAGAAAGAAGUAGUCGAUGUUUCGUAAAUCCGAAUGACUAAAAAACUUGAAGGAGAAUAAAUACUUAUUUUUAAAUCAA